GGAACCGGGGGACGCGGCCGGCGCGGCGGGACGGGCCGCCCGGGGCCGUGCGCCUGGAACGGGCGGAGCCUCCCCCGAGUCCUUCCGGGGCGGCGGCGGCGCGAUGCUGGCGCUGGCGGGGCGGCGGGCCCGGGCCGGGCUGGGGCUGCUGCAGCACUCCCAGCAGUUGAAGCGUUCAGCGUGGCUCGCCCCAGCACCGCACCGCUGGACCUCUGGCCUGCCCAUGAACAUCGGGGUGCUCUUUGUGCCGCAGCAAGAGGCUUGGGUGGUAGAGAGGAUGGGCAAGUUCCACCGAAUCCUCGAGCCUGGUCUGAACUUCCUCAUCCCUCUGCUGGAUAGGAUUCGUUAUGUGCAGAGUCUCAAAGAAAUCGUCAUUAACGUCCCAGAGCAGUCGGCUGUCACCUUAGAUAACGUCACCCUGCAGAUUGACGGCGUGCUCUACCUGCGGGUUAUGGACCCCUACAAGGCCAGCUAUGGGGUGGAAGAUCCUGAGUAUGCAGUGACCCAGCUGGCCCAGACCACCAUGAGAUCUGAACUUGGCAAACUUUCCCUUGACAGAGUCUUCCGGGAGCGGGAGUCCCUCAACGCCAACAUUGUGGAUGCAAUUAACCAGGCUUCAGACUGCUGGGGCAUCCGAUGCCUGCGCUACGAGAUCAAGGACAUCCACGUGCCCCCGCGCGUGAAGGAAUCCAUGCAGAUGCAGGUGGAGGCAGAGCGACGGAAGCGCGCGAUGGUGCUGGAGUCGGAGGGGACACGGGAAUCGGCGAUCAACGUGGCUGAGGGGCAGAAGCAGGCCCAGAUCUUGGCAUCAGAAGCUCAGAAGGCCGAACAAAUCAACAAAGCUGCUGGAGAAGCCAAUGCAGUGCUGGUCAAGGCCAAGGCCAAGGCGGAGGCUAUUCAGCUCCUGGCAGCUGCUCUGGCACAGCAGCACGGCAGCGCCGCCGCCUCUCUCUCCGUGGCAGAGCAGUACGUGAGCGCCUUCUCCAAGCUUGCCAAAGACUCCAACACCAUCUUGCUGCCCGCCAACACCGGUGACGUCACCAACAUGGUCGCACAGGCCCUGGGCAUCUACAGCACGCUGACCAAGCCCCAACCUGUGAAGAAGGAGGACGAGGUGCCCCCAGCCCGCACGGACCCCCAGCCUCCCGCCGCGGAGGUGCUCAGGGCAGAACAGGCCAGUUCCAGCUAGCGGGGCUGGAGGGAUCCCCACCUGCGGCCUGCCGUCCUCCCUGGGCAGACGCUCUCCUUCUUCCCUUGUUCCUUAUUUUGUAUUUGGAUUUAAAUCAUGUAAUAAAUGGUACCGGUGCUGCUGCA